GGUCGCGGCGUGGGCUACGGUGCUCCAGCAGUCGGCCGUGAGCCUGAGCCCCGGGGUGUCGGGGGCCGACCGAGGCGGCCGUGGGCCUUGGGUCUGCAGACAGGACGGGCUGACCUUGGCCACUGGUAGUGGCGGGUUACAGCCGAUGGCGGUCUGGGCUGCCGCCUGUCUGAGCAGGGCCGCUGGCCGCUGCCUGCGGGCACCGGGGCCCGGGGUCCGGGUCGCUGGUUCGCGUGUUCCCCGGCCCUCCCAGCCCGAGCCCCCGGGUAUUUGCCUCUCUCCGGGCAGGACGCUGCACGUCUCGGCGGCUGUCCUCGCUGGGCAUAACAAGUGGUCCAAAGUCCGGCAUAUCAAGGGUCCCAAAGACACCGAAAGGAGUCGCAUCUUCACCAAGCUCUCUCUGAGUAUCCGCCUGGCUGUCAAAGAGGGCGGUGCCAACCCUGAGCUCAACAGCAACCUGGCCCACAUCUUAGAGCUGUGUCGCAGCAAGCACAUGCCCAAGGCCACGAUCGAGGCAGCCAUGAAAAUGGAGAAAACCAAGGACAUUUAUUUGCUGUACGAAGGUCGAGGUCCCGGGGGCUCUUCCCUGCUCAUCGAAGCGCUGUCUAACAGUAGCUCCAAGUGCCUUUCGGACAUCAGACAUAUCCUGAACAAGAAUGGAGGCAUGAUGGCGGAAGGAGCCCGGCACGCCUUUGACAAAAAGGGCGUGGUGGCGGUUGGCGGAGAGGACCGAGCGAAGAACGCCCUGAAUCUGGAGCGCGCACUGGAACUGGCCGUCGAGGCCGGCGCCGAGGAUGUUCUGGAAACUGAAGACGAGGAGGAAAAGAAUGUUUUCAAGUUUAUUUGCGACAUCUCCGAACUGCAUCAGGUGAGGAAGAAGCUGGACUCUCUGGGCCUGUGCUCGGUGUCCUGCGCGCGGGAGUUCAUCCCCAACACCACGGUGCAGCUGGCGGAGCGGGACCUGGAGCAGGCCUCCCAGCUCAUCCAGGCGCUGGGCCUCCACGAGGACGUGAUCCAGGUCUACGACAACAUUGAGUAGCCUCACUCCGAGACGGGCCGUGCGGGUUAGGAGGUGCAAGACCAGGACCCUUCACCCCUCUGUGGGGCCUCCCUGUGAGGUCUGCUGCCCACUGGGUCCUCCUGGGUGAGCCUUCCUGUCCGCAUGCAGGGUAGGGGCCCAGUCAGGCUCAGAUGGCAGGAAAGUGACCACUGCAGGGAUGGAAUUGGAGGUGCCCGCGCACUAGAAUCUGCCAGAAAUAGUAAUAGUGACCGCAUUGCUAGUGUGUGGCGCUUUGUGAGUUCUCCCAAUGUGGUGGUUUUUUGUGUCCAGCUGUUGGGACCCUCGUGACUUCCUUUCAAGUUUAUAGGCGUGAUUCCAGUAUUUCAGUUCUUGGACUGUUUUUGAUCGGCCAUCAAGAUGUAGCUCUCUUCAGGCGCUCCAUGGGGCAAGGCUGCUCUGAUGGCCUGCGCCUGCCCUUCAUGCACGCGCUAACCCUUAGGAAACCGUAAUUACCUGGUGAGCCUGCCCCAAGACACACGGCCCAGAGGAAGGAAAGAGCCAGGACUGCUCUGGCCAGGGCUGUCACCAGGAGGGCAGGGUCAGCGUCCCUAUUUCCUUUGUGACCACUGUGCCCUUCUUCCCCAGAGAGCUUCCUGCUCCAGCCCAGCAGGAAGGCAAGUGCCAAUGACGAGGAGCUGGGAGCCCGUGGGCUCGGAGACAGGACAGUAGAUUGGACUGUUCCGGGAAGGGCGAUGCCAGACUGGGCUCAAGUGAUCCUGGGCCCCAGAAUGCCCGACCCUAGUUCCUAUUCAUCCGGUCCAGAUGGUGGGCACUGGGACUAGAGAGGAUGCGAGCACAGGAGGACUGAGGGACUGAGUCUCGAGGCUGAUGAGGAGGGAAAUGGGCCCCUGGGUGGCUUUUGCUCGCAGUCAUCACUUCUAGCCUGAGGGAGGCCAGAAACGCCUAACUGUGUGGGAGCCUGUCUGUCAGGCUGCAAGCUGCAGGCUUUUUGGCCCCAUUAGCUCUCCUACAGGCACAUGGUGUGUACUGUGCUUGAAAGAUACUGCAUUUUUUACAAAUUGAAAGUUUAUCACAAACUUUCUUCAAGCACAAGCUCACUUCUAUCUCAGAGUUACAUUUUGGUCCUUCUCAGGAUAUUUCAAACUUUUUCAUAAUGCUAGUGCAUACUUCACAGACUACUGAAAUCUCGUAAUGGUCUCUAAUGUACUUCUUUGGAGUCUAAUGUCCAUUGCAAUGGCUACACGGAAACUCACAGAAUUUAUGAUUAAAGGGUUUAUUAAAGAGG